CUGCUCCUCACUCCCUCUCCCUGUGUGUGUUUAAUCAGACCUUCCAGAGGACCAGACUCCCUCUACACACACACUCAGGAUUCGGACAUCUUCUGCACCAAGCCAUGGCUGUACGUAACACCGCCUCUCUGCUGGCUGGACUCCUCCUGGUCCUCUUUCACACCUGGAGAGCAUGGGCCGCUCUGGAGGUGUACAUGAAUGACACGGUGGAGGUGGCCCUGAAAGGAACGGCGAAGAUCACCUGUCGGUAUACUUCAGAAGAAGGCAGAGGCAGCAUGGACAUCCAGUGGUUCUUUCGGAAAGGCACAGGAGAAAGGCAUAAAAUUUGCGAGCAGGUCGGAAUGAUGACCACUAUAAACAGAACCUCUCCGUACGCAAACCGGAUCAGCGUGAACGACACGGAAACUCCUGCCGAAGUGGCGCUGAGCAUCAGGGAUGUACAGCUGAGCGAUGAGGUGGACUUCAUCUGUCGCGUUAAAAGUAUCUCAGAGGACCAUGUAGAAGGGCACACAACGCUGAAGGUGUUUGGAAAACCGGAUCAUCCCACCAUCGAGGGUGUUACAACGGGUAUAUCAGUCAAUGCAGACAGCUUAUCAAAGAUUGGCACUUGUGAGGUGAGAAACGGAUACCCCAAACCAAAAAUCACCUGGUACAAAAACACCACGCCGCUGCGCAACACGGACAAUGUGAACGUGGAAACCAGCACCACCUCGGAAUCGAGCGGCCUGUUCUCAGUCAAGAGUGACCUUACGAUGAAGGUGGACAGGAAGGACAAAGAUGCUACAUUCUACUGCGAGGUCAACUACUAUCUUCCAGGAACUAACGGGAUUAUGAUGAUGAUGGAAACCACAAAGAUCAACAUCACCGUGAUAUAUCCCUCCACUUUUGUAGACUUUUGGAUCGAAUCACCAAAGGGUCGGAUCAAAGAGGGCGACACGGUCGAGCUUCGCUGCAGAGGUGACGGGAAUGCCGUUGAGACGUACUCCAUAAAGGAUUUGAAAAAUGAUGACGUGACCUGGGAGGUAGACAAGGUGGUGCUGGAGAACGUUACCCGUCUAGACUCUGGAGAGUACGAGUGCACCUUAACAAACAUUGACAUCUAUGAGGAAUUCUCAAAUCGGACGGCAGUGUUUGUCAACUAUCUUGAUGAGGCGGUUUUAAACCCAUCAGACACCGUCUUGAUGGACAAGGGGGACACAAUAACGGCCACCUGCAAUGCACUCUCUUCUCUCCAGACCAACACAGCUUGGUUUAAGAACAACAAAAAAAUGUCAAAGGAUCACAGUUUAAUCUUAGAGGCUGCAACAUUUGAUACCUCAGGCACGUACCUUUGUGUUGUGACUGUCCCUGAAGUAGAAGGAAUGGAAACCAGGGGCUCACUCCACGUGCACGUUAAGGGAAAACCAGAAAUCCAAGAGAAAGAUAUUAAUGAGAUUGAGACUUCUGAUGAGACUAUCAUCCUGAGCUGCCACGCCAAAGGCUACCCUACUCCCAAAAUCACCUGGACAACCUCAGAAGGAAAGGUCAUCAACUCAGGCUCUCAAAUGGAGACUGACUCUGGUGCUAAAAGUCAGGUCACUGUUCAGCUCACUUCAGACGUGACUGUUUUCUGUAACGCUUCCAAUGAGUUCGACAGCGACAGUGUGUCGUUCAACAUCAAAGUGAAAAUCACUGUACACACCACACCAGAUUCCUCCACCACACCUGAUUCCACCACCACACCAGUUUCCACCACUACCAUCACCACCACAUCUUCCAAUCCCAAAGCUACAGCCAAAUCAGAAACACCCAACCCAUCAAAGGAAAAAAAAGAGAGCAAAGGUGUGGUCAUUGCAGUCAUCAUCAUCUGCAUCCUGCUUCUGGCCAUCCUGGGCAGCGUGCUCUAUUUCCUCUACAAAAAGGGAAAAAUCUGCAACAGAUCAGGAAAGCAAGACAUCACCAAAGAGAAGUCCAGCAAAGACAACAUCGUUGUUGAGAUGAAGAGCGACAACACGGAGGAGGCCAUUCUCCUCGGGGUCAAUGGAGAUAAGACACCACCUGGUGACCAGUAAAUAAAGGGCGGCGAGGACCUGCGCAUGCAGGCAUGAGGAGGCGACUGCGGCUGCUCCUGUUUCUCCCUCUCAGGCUCGAGCUCCCAGAUGCCUUCAAGCCUCCACCACAUCUCCUUCCUCCAGAGUUACGUCUCAGUUGCCACAUCACGACUGGCUUCAACCAGACCUGAUUCUAGAGCACCAUAAGUAACUCUGCAGAAAGAACCUUUAGCCAUCAAACCAAAGACAAACAUCAGACUGUUACUUCCUGUUACUGCGAGCCUUAGAAACUGCUGAUUGUCCUUAGAACAAAGUAUUUAGAGCACAACGCUGACCGGGACUGUUUUUAUAUAUGAAUUAGCAUCACCUCAGGCAAAGCCAUCACUGAACAGCAACAUGAAGCAACUCAACUAGUGUACAUAUUAUAAUCUAUGUAUGUAUAUUUUUCUUUAUUUAAAGCAGCUUAAAAAACACAAAAAAAGAACUGGCCAGAUGGUGUUUUUAUGUUUGGGUAUAAAGGGGAGCUUUUAGUGUUUUUUUGUGUGUCUUUUCUGUUAUGUUUCAGUCAUGCACACUGAGAAUACUCACCAAAUCAAACAGCAGGUCAUUCAAACACAUUCACGGGUCAGACAGUUGCAGAUGCCUUACAGAUCACAUUCAAAGCCUUGCAGAAGCUUUACUUUUCUGUUGUUUUGUUUAUAUUUAUUUUCUGUGCACUGAUUUUAUUUCAUUUUUUCGUGUGGUUAUUCAUGAUGCAGUUUUACAUGAUUGUUCAAUGUUUUAUUCCAUAAGAUGAAGGCAGGCAUGAAGUUGCAACGACAAAUGAACUGACUCAUGUUUGGACCUGAGAUGCAGAAUCCCCCUCAGACCUGAAGCCUUACAGGAUCGGUCCUGGUUUAAAUGUUUCUAAUGUUUGUUAUCGGACUACUGAGGAGGUGGGAAUGAUCGUGACUCAAUAAUGUCGGUUUGGAGACAGUCAAGCUUCAUUAUUGUUUUUAACAGAUUUGGGAUGUUUUUGAAAUGCCUUGUAAACCCUUUGAGUUUAAAAUGACCCAAAAAUGGUGUUUUUAGUUUUUGAAAGUCAUACCAAAUAAAAAAAUUAUCAGUUUUCAUAAA